AAAAGAAAAAGAAAAAAAAAACGCGUGCCGUGCGCCCACCGGAGAAGAGAGAGAGAGAGGAAUUAACCCGAUUUAAUCCCAACGUCUUCACGUCCGCGGCGCACCAUUCCUCUUCUCCUCUACCCAACUACUACUCCACCUCAGAUCCGCCGCCGCCUCGCCGCCGAUGGGCCAGUCCCCCUCCGCCUCGCGCCGCCACCACCACCGGCCCCAGCAGCCUCCUCCGCCCCCCAGCGAAGGCACCGACGACUUCUUCCCCUCGCCGGGGGCGGAGGAUUACACCUCCGACCUCCCCGAGGAGCUCCUGGCUCUCGUCUUCGGCCUCCUCGGCUCCGGCGACCGCAAGCGCUGCUCCCUCGUCUGUCGCCGCUGGCUCGCCGUCGAGGCCGCCUCGCGCCUCCGCCUCGCGCUCGACGCGCGGGCGCCGCUCCACGCCGCCGCCCCCGGGAUCCUCGCCCGCUUCCCGGCCGUCUCCAAGCUCGCGCUCAAGUGCGACCGCCGCGCCGAGAGCGUCGGUGACUCCACGCUCGCGCUCGUCGCCGAGCGCCUCGGCCCGGGCCUCCGCCGCCUCAAGCUCCGCUCCCUCCGCGUUGUCACCGACCACGGCGUCGCCGCGCUCGCCGCCGCGGCCACCAACAUCCGCAAGCUCUCCGUCGGCUCAUGCUCCUUUGGAGCCAAGGGGAUUGAGGCCGUCCUCCGCUCCUGCCUCCAUCUCGAGGAGCUCUCCGUCAAGCGCCUCCGUGGCCUCGCCGAGUCGGAGCCCAUCGCCGUCUCCAGCCUCCGCCUCCACUCUCUCUGCCUCAAGGAGCUCUACAACGGCCAGUGCUUCUCCUCCUUAAUCACCAACUCACCCAACCUCAAAACGCUCAAGAUCAUCCGCUGCUCCGGCGACUGGGACCCCGUGCUUCAGGACGUCCCUCAGGAGGCCCUGCUGGCCGAGCUCCAUCUCGAGAAGCUGCAGGUCAGCGACCGCGGUGUGGCAGCCUUGUCGGGCCUCGAGGUCCUGUACCUUGCUAAAGCUCCUGAGGUUACUGAUGUUGGGUUGGGUAAGCUCGCCAGCAGAUCACCACGCCUACGCAAGCUACAUGUUGAUGGAUGGAAAGCAAACAGGAUUGGCGACCGCGGCCUAUCGGCUGUUGCACAGAAAUGCGCUAGUUUGCAAGAACUGGUUCUCAUCGGGGUGAAUUUGACAUCGGCCAGUCUCGAAUUGAUCGCUGCCAACUGUCCUGCCCUUGAGCGCCUUGCGCUGUGCGGGUCCGAUACCUUUGGUGAUGCGGAGAUCUCUUGCGUCGCCACGAAAUGUGCUGCUCUGCGGAAGCUCUGCAUCAAGGCAUGCCCUGUUUCUGAUGCAGGAAUGGAUAAGCUUGCUCAAGGCUGCCCACGACUUGUCAAGGUGAAGGUGAAGAAGUGCCAGAGAGUGACACUUGAGUGUGCUGAGCGCCUUCGGGCUAGCCGCAACGGAGCGCUUGCGGUGAAUGUUGACACGCCUGGUGGUGCUGGCGAAUUGCAGGAUGGUAGGAGUGUGGAUGAGAGUGGUGCCCUGGAGAAUGCUGGUAGCGACACCGUGCCGGAUGAUUUGGAUGAUCGGAUAGGGGCCCCUGACCUUUCGUGUGGCAGCAGCGGCAGGCCUUCAGGGUGGAAAGCCCGGAUGGGUGCUUUUAUGUCAAGGAGCUUGUCUGUUUCCAUGUUCCGGAGGCGGCCGCGUGUGAGUUGUUAUGAGUUGUGAGAAUUGGAUGCUUCGGUUGCUCCGUUAGCUUUUAGAUUCUUUCAUGUUUGUAUGUUACAUUAAUUUAUGUGUUCGUUGCGACCGAUGUUUUUUUGUCUUUUGGGAUGGUAACAUGCUGUUCUUUCUGAUCGGCUUUUUGAUAGAAAUUCCAUUUUAUGUUGGAAGGAUACUUAAUUAUUUAUAGUUGCUUUUAUUAGUGGGGAUGCAAUAGCACAAUGCAAUCUUCUUAUAGUUAUUAUAGGCAGGCAGCCUUGUCUUGGAAAACACAAUAUGGAAAACCUGCAAUUUGAU